GUGGGUCAUAUUGCCGAAAAUUGCUCUUCUGAGUCGCGCCUCUGCUAUAAUUGUCGUCAACCUGGUCAUGAGUCUUCGGCUUGUCCGUCGCCUCGUACUGUCGCUGCAAAGCAGUGUUACUCUUGUGGUGGCGUUGGUCAUAUUCAAGCAGAGUGUCCCAACUUGAGGGUUCAAAACGGCAAUCAAAAGUGCUACAAUUGUGGUCGGUUUGGACACAUUGCCCGUGUUUGUCCAAGUGGGGCUGCUGGGGCAGGCGCCGGGUUUGCUUCUCGUGCGCCUCCCCCGGGACGUGCUUUGAACACAUCUACACUUCCUCCGGUGAAAUGCUACCGAUGCGGCGGACCCAAUCAUAUGGCGAGGGACUGUCUCGCCUCUCCGGGAUCAACCUCGGCCGAUGGAACAUCUGGAUUGACCAAGAACAAGACUUGUUACAAGUGUGGACAAGAGGGACAUGUGCGUUGUGUUUUUUUUCGCUUUCUCUUACAGCGCUUGAUGUCUUCCCCUUAG